UUAAACACAAUUGUUACAUUGACAAUAUAUUCACAUGCUUGGGACUUGCAAGAGGUCAUCAAAAAUAACAACAAUAUGGAUUAUUCUGGUAAUGCCGCUGCAAAGUUUGACCCUUCAAAGAGAGAAGAUUACAUGAACGAAGUAAAACAACAGAUAGCAAUUGCCAACGCUCAGGAAUUACUCCAGAAAAUGUCAGAGAAAUGUUUUAAAAAAUGUGUCACUAAACCAGGAACAUCACUAAGCAGUUCAGAAAAUAAAUGUUUAGCGAUGUGUAUGGACAGAUAUAUAGACACUCAGACUUUAGUGGCCAAGGCAUUCUCAAACAGGUUACAACAAGAAAUGUCAAGAAUGCAAUGACUACAGUUGGACCAUAAGUGAUGAUUUUAGUGAUGACUUCAGAGUAGACAAAGAUAUAUACUGUAAAGUGUUUGUGGAUGGUGUUGUGAAUGUUAACUUGAUGGUGCCGGCUCAUCAAGACAAAAAUCAUAAACAUAUUUGUAAUAUUUUCAUUUUACCAAAAUAUUUAGUAAAUUAUAUAACAGUG